AAAGACUCUUUCUCUGCCUAUUAUCUGAGUGACUCGGGGUUUUGGUGUCUGCCUCCGAGCGCGUGUGUGUGUGUGUGUGUGUGUAUGUUGGAGGGAGAACAGAGAUAAAGAGAGAGAGAGUAAGGGAGGGAGAGGCAAGCAGCGUUUCUUCUCCCCCCUUUAGCCUCCCCGUCUCCCUGCUCCCUGUCACUCCAUCCUUCCUCCCCUCUCCUGGACCACCCUUCAAGCCCUGCUUCGAGCCAGAUCGAGACCCCCCUCCCCUCCUCCUGCCCUACCACCCAGACCACCCCGGGACCCUUUGACUCUCCUCACUUCUCCAUCCCACCAACCAUAACCUCUGAGCAGGAAUUCCUCUCCUCUCAUCGCCUGGAGUGCUGUCUGUCUGUCAAACAACUCAACUGCACAAUUUCUGCUGAAUCCACUCCCACAACUCAUUUGAUCUGAAUACGCUUCUGCAGGCCAGGCGCAGCCAAGUGUAUUGACCCCACGUCUAGUCUCCCCAUUCUGCUGGAAGGCUGCCAGCCACAGGUCACAUGACCUGGAAGAGAAAACCUAGGAGACUUUUGGGAUCCCUCUUCGCAUGGGCUGGCUAUCAACCUGAAGGGAAGUCCAAAGGCUGAUGAACUGAUCUGUGUCUGCGUGAGACCACAUUGCUCUGGUGUCCUAUAUGCCCUGAGAACACCCAGCACAAACCUGGUGACUGGCUGGCUGGAAUACCACCCCACACCUUCUCCUUCUGAGGACAUCCCAUUCCAGGACGGUGCUUCGGUCUCACUCCUCCCCCCCAGCAUGGAGCCUACCAAAGUCCAGUCAGAGGGUGGUCUCAAUGUCACCCUUACCAUCCGCCUCCUCAUGCAUGGAAAAGAAGUUGGAAGUAUAAUUGGCAAGAAAGGGGAAACAGUAAAAAAGAUGCGAGAAGAGAGCGGAGCACGAAUCAAUAUUUCUGAGGGCAACUGUCCAGAGAGGAUUGUCACUAUCACUGGACCAACAGACACCAUCUUCAAGGCUUUUGCUAUGAUUGCCUACAAAUUCGAGGAGGACAUAAUCAAUUCCAUGAGCAACAGCCCAGCAACCAGCAAGCCCCCAGUCACCUUAAGGCUUGUAGUGCCAGCCAGCCAGUGUGGCUCCCUCAUAGGAAAAGGGGGGUCCAAAAUAAAAGAAAUGAGAGAGUCCACAGGGGCCCAGGUUCAGGUGGCAGGGGACAUGCUGCCCAACUCCACAGAACGUGCAGUGACAAUCUCUGGAACCCCAGAAGCCAUCAUCCAGUGUGUCAAACAAAUUUGUGUGGUCAUGCUGGAGUCUCCACCAAAAGGUGCCACCAUCCCUUACCGCCCAAAGCCCGCCUCCACCCCAGUCAUUUUUUCUGGUGGCCAGGCCUACACAAUUCAGGGACAAUACGCCAUACCACACCCAGAUCAGUUGACCAAGCUCCACCAGUUGGCUAUGCAGCAAACCCCCUUUACCCCUCUCGGACAGACCACCCCUGCUUUCCCUGGUUUGGAUGCCAGUCCACAAGCCAGCACCCAUGAACUCACCAUCCCUAAUGAUCUAAUAGGCUGCAUUAUUGGACGCCAGGGAACCAAAAUAAAUGAGAUUCGACAGAUGUCUGGGGCGCAGAUCAAAAUCGCCAAUGCCAUGGAAGGCUCAUCAGAACGCCAGAUCACCAUCACAGGAACCCCUGCUAACAUCAGCCUGGCCCAGUAUCUCAUCAAUGCCAGGCUGACGUCUGAAGUCACUGGAAUGGGCACACUCUAAUUUCUACCCAUCUUCCCUCAGUGCAUCACAUGACCCUUGAGCAAAUGGCAUUGCACCUAGUUUUAUUUAUUUCUCUGUAUUUUUGACUGUCCUGAUAUUUAAGUGAAUUGAACUUUUAUAAUUUCUAGUAUUUACUGUAAACAUGUCUACCUGCACUGUUACUAAGACUCCUCACACCUAUCCGAAACCGUGUUGUUUCUGUUUCUGAAAGGUCAGUUUUACUUUUCUGACACUCUAGUACCUUUCAUGGCAUCUCACGCACUGCAUCGCUUUGUUUUACUUCACGUUUUGACAUCUCACUGUACUGUUUUUUGCACCGCAGGCACCUGAAAGUGAAUGCAAAGUAAGCCUUUUUGUCCCACAUUAGAUGGUAUCAUGGGUCAAUGCAUUACUGAACACAAAGUUCAAUAAGAAAAAAAACUUUUAUGUCACACUAAUUGAAAUCAGUGCUUUACUCUGUGCCUGUAGACAUUUGCCUGUUUGUCUUAGUGUUGUAUGCACACUAUAGAUUGAUCUGCAUGACACAUAAAUCCUACUACAUUUCCAGUUUAUUUAAAAAAUCAGACAGGUAAAGAAAAUGACUGAAUGGUCAAAGGGAAUGGAACAACAGUGGAAUAUGUAUUUGUCUAUUUAUGAUCUGGAAGUAUCCCUCCGAUUUGAAAUGACCUCAUGGCUACAUGCCAAUAAACAUCCACUGUAAUGCACAAAUAUCAGUCUUUCCGAGUUUCAUGCGAGACGUGACUCAGAUGUUGGGUGGAGAAAUGAAAAGAAGCCAUUAAGUGACUGCAGCAAAGAGUGAAAUCCAAAUGCAUGCUAUAAAUAAACCCCAGGUUAUUCUGUAAUCCACAAACAUGUAAUCAUGUUAUCCAUGCUGCCAUUUCAUAACUACUAUGUAUAAGAGGCAUGCACCACAUAGAAAGGUCUAAGAACUGUCUAGUGUAUAUCUGCACUCAUGUGUAGCACAUUUAAGUUUUUCGCUGGAUGUCAACGGGGCUGGAAAGCUCCUGGGUAGCAGGACUCUGUUAGUCAGUCAUGUCUGAUUUUCAGCUCCUUCCUCACACAUUCCUGGUAGGCAACAAGCCAUAUCAGAUAUGUAAAACGUGUUUCCAGCAUGUAUGAAUCACUGGAAACAUAUUUUUUAAAUGUGUGUAGAUUUACAAUCAACCAGUUGUUGGUUUUGCAGGAUAUAUCAGCCAAUCAAGCUACAUACAAGCCUUACAUAUACGUGUAUGUAUGAUGCUCUCUGCAGUUGCCAUCUAAUACAAUAUCUCAUUGAUGACACCAGGUUUGAUCUGUUUCAGCUGUUCUAAUGCACAGACACCCAACCUGUGCGCAUAUUCAAGCUAAAGCUGAAUGUAUUACAGAACAUGUUUGAACUGCUGACAUUUACACGUCACACUCGAUUAAAAUGCAUUCAUGGGUGUCUUUUUAGUCAGGCACUUGGAUUAGUAUGAUAGAGUAUGAUGCCGACUGAUCAGUAUAGUAGAGUAGAAAUGCUUAUUUAUCAAAAAAAGGUUUUUUAAAGUGGAGCAGGUUACUCUCAAAAUGCGGUCUGUUCCAAAUGACCUAACUGUAAUUUACAGUUUAUCACACUAGUUACAUGACAUGCUAUGUAAUCUGAUUAUUUUCUAUUAUUCUAAACCUGAACUUAAACCAAGACUUUCCUGUAUUUUCUGCAAACAUAUGACUGGAUGGCCUUAUUAGUAUAUGCAGCUCUCAUUUCAAAAAGUAUAUCUAUCACUUCACUGUCAAACGUGACAGUCCAACAGGUAAUAUGAUGUUAAUCUUAUGUCUGUGUGUGUUACUGAGUGCAGGUAGCAACUAUUUUUAAUCCACUUGACCUUAACACAAU